CACAAGAACUCGUGCAGCUGCAAGCCACGCACGCCAAAUAAAGCACACCGUACCAGCAAAUAAAAUUAGCCCCGUGCUGCUUGCUGCAGAGCGAGUAGAGAUACUGCGACUGUCUUAAGUGUUUGGUUAAUUGACGUCAUGGCGAAGGCGCAGACGGCGGCGAGGUUCGUGACGGAGGUGGCGCCGCCGCCGGUGGUGGCGGUCAUGCGGCGGAGGAAGGUGCCGAGGAGCCUGGACACCAUCGCGGAGGACGACAGGGAGCAGCUGGCGGCAUGCGGCCCGGCGUCGGACCACCAGGGCUUGGCGGCGGCGUGGUCGUCCAGGAGGGCGGCGCCAGCGCCGGCGCGGGAGCGCGCGGGCCGGUUGAUGAGGGAGCUCAGCAAGAGCAGGCACUUCUUGGACGCCCACGGCCAGCAGGCCGGCUCCGGCGCCUGGGAGAGUGGCCGCAAGCUAGGCCGCCGGCGAGUCGUGCGUGUGCAGGAGUUGCACGAGAACUGUGCAUGAAGGGAGAAAUAGUAGUGAGCCGUGGGCAUGGGCGUGGGUGUGGGCGUGGUUGUGUGGGGGAGGAAUAUUUUGUAGCGCUUCCAUCUGUACGCGCUCAUUCACGAUCCUUCAGAUAAAUUUAAUUUCAUUACAGUAUAA